AUGUUUCUAAACUUUGGUGUGUUUCUAUUGGCCAUUUUGGCCAAUAGAAACGCGGCGGCGAUUGAUUGUGCUGGUUCUGGCUGUGAUGACUUGACUUGUCAGGAUGGGUGGACGGCGAUGAAUCGGACCAGAAGCUGCUUUAAACUAAUCCGCAACGUCAGCAUGUCAAACUCCUCGGCUGAAUGCCGUCGGUAUGGUGCAACCGUUGCUUCAAUCAGAAAUGCGAACGAAAAUAAGGACCUUUUAGAGUUUGCCAUCCAUGAUCAAGUCAAACAGAAAGAAGCGUUUUUCCUGGGAGCCAACAUGACCGGAAAGGGGCCUUGGGAAUUCAAGUGGAUCGACGGGAAACCUGUCAACUAUACAAACUGGGCUCGUAAGGAGCCGAACGAUCAUAGGGACCAGGGCGAGACGUGUAUUGAGAUGUACGUACGCUAUUGGAAGUUCGACAAGAUGAAAAGUCUUGAACAAAAUAUGGAGGCUACCGGCGCCGGGAAAUGGAAUGAUCUGAACACAUUGAGUACCACGGCAACUACCACAAAGAGGGUACCCAAGCCAACUUGUGGUGAUGCCACAUGGAAGCUCCGUGAAAAAACUUCCAAGUGCUACGCGAUCUUAAACGAGGCCACUGACUUCGACAAGGCUCUAUUGAGGUGCGAGGCGAUGAAUGGCACGUUGGCCUCGGUACAUUCUGAGGAUGAAAAUAAUUAUAUUCGAGACGAAACCACAUGGGUGCUCAACGAGACGAAUCUGUUUUGGCUAGGCGCUCGGAGGAACAGCGGUACCGUCGGUGAUUUUUCCUGGCUUGACGAUUCGCCAAUGAAUUAUACUAAAUGGAGCAAAGACCUCGACAACUUGGAUGGCAGGGAGAGUUGUUUAGAGCUACGUGUAACGCGCGAGUGGAACGACCGGCCGUGUGAUACCAAGAAUCGCGGAAUCUGCCAGAAAGCUCCAAUUUGGGUG